AUGGAUCUGCAGAAUAUGUCCAUGUACAAUGGGGACAAUAGCAAUAGCAGCAAUGGAACAGACAUUGGCGCAAAACCCCAUUAUAAUUACUAUGCCAUGCUUCUUACUCUUCUUAUAUUUGUCAUCGUCUUUGGAAAUGUUUUGGUGUGCAUGGCAGUUUCUAGAGAAAAGGCUCUACAAACCACCACCAAUUACCUAAUUGUUAGCCUGGCCGUGGCCGAUCUCCUGCUGGCGACACUUGUGAUGCCUUGGGUGGUUUACCUGGAGGUGGUUGGCGAGUGGAGGUUCAGUCGUAUCCACUGCGAUAUAUUUGUCACUCUUGAUGUGAUGAUGUGCACAGCCAGUAUCCUUAAUCUUUGUGCUAUCAGCAUUGACAGGUACACAGCAGUGGCAAUGCCAAUGCUUUAUAAUACACGGUACAGCUCCAAACGUAGAGUGACGGUCAUGAUCUCUGUAGUGUGGGUCCUCUCUUUUGCAAUUUCCUGUCCUCUUCUAUUUGGGCUCAACAGCACAGGUUCCAAUAUCUGCGUCAUAGAUAACCCAGCGUUUGUCAUCUAUUCCUCCGUUGUUUCCUUCUACGCCCCAUUUAUAGUAACCCUUCUGGUCUACGUCCAGAUUUAUAUAGUAUUACGCAAGCGAAGAAAGCGGGUGAACACUAAGCGCACUAGUCAUGGUUUGGAUGCAGAUGCACACAAGGACAAAUGCACUCAUCCAGAAGAUGUAAAGCUGUGCGCAGUCUUUGUUAAAUCCAACGGAAAUUACCUAGCUAGUAAAAAGAAAGUGGUAAUCAGCCAAGAGGCAGGAAACCAUCAAGAAGAGAUGGAGAUGGACAUGAUGUCAAGCACAUCACCUCCAGAAAAAUCAAAGCACAAGUCAGCUUCUCCCAACCACCAUCAUCUGACUGUACCUGUUACAUCAAAACAAUGCAACACAGCCAAUCUACCAUCACCAGUGGAAAGUCCCUGCAAGGCUGAGAAGAACGGGCAACCAAAAGAAACUGCAAAGGCAGCUAAGGUGUUUGAGAUACAAGCAAUGCCUAAUGGGAAAACACAGACUUCUGUAAAGACUUUAAGCAAAAGAAAACUCUCACAACAGAAAGAAAAGAAAGCGACACAGAUGUUAGCUAUUGUACUUGGUGUAUUUAUUAUAUGUUGGCUUCCUUUCUUCAUAACCCACAUCUUGAAUAUGCACUGCAACUGCAACAUACCACCCGGCUUGUAUAAUGCUUUCACUUGGCUGGGCUAUGUCAACAGUGCACUAAAUCCCAUUAUAUAUACAACAUUCAACAUUGAAUUCAGAAAGGCCUUUAUUAAAAUACUCCACUGCUAGAAGAAUGAACAUUUCAUCAAGAUGAAGUUCAGAAGUUUGGAAAUUCUAUAAGGAAGUUCUGCUUUCUAAUGUGCUGGUACAUGUGGAACACAACGCACAGUUUAUCUUAUUAGUCCGGUAUAUGGGCAUCUAGAAGUACAAAGCACAUGCCCAGUCAAGACCAGAAACGGCCAUCAGUGUAACUGGAUGUGCGAGUAUUGGAAUGUUGAUUCAAGUCUCAACCGUUAAUGUCAGUGUUGACCUAAAACUUG